GGUUUAUACAGAAGCUAUUUUAGGUUCCAAGGUGUUUUAUCUGUGUGUAUUUCAUAGGGAUAUUUUUGGACACCUAAGCCACGAUGCGGCCCCCCGGCUCCGGUGUCAUUGGUGAAUGACCGAAGAUGUCGCUCCGCAGGUUGUUCGCCAGGCUGAUUUUGCAGCAGAGUGGAGUCAGACAUUGCUACACAAGAACACGCCAGAACCUCUACAUCAGCAAAAACACAAAGGUCAUCUGCCAGGGCUUCACAGGGAAGCAGGGAACAUUUCACAGUCAGCAAGCUCUUGACUAUGGCUCCCAGCUGGUGGGGGGUGUAUCACCCGGUAAGGGUGGUAAAACACACCUCGGCCUCCCUGUGUUCAAUUCAGUUAAGGAGGCAAAGGAGGCCACAGGGGCAGGCGCCACUGUGAUUUAUGUACCUCCUCCAUUUGCGGCAGCAGCCAUCUUUGAGGCCAUUGAUGCAGAGAUGCCCCUCGCUGUGUGCAUCACUGAGGGCAUCCCCCAGCAGGACAUGGUGAGAGUCAAACAUAAACUUCUACGUCAGAGUGCCACUCGCCUCAUCGGCCCCAACUGCCCAGGAGUCAUCAAUCCCGGAGAAUGCAAGAUUGGGAUCAUGCCAGGACAUAUUCAUAAAAAAGGAAGAAUUGGAAUUGUGUCUCGAUCGGGCACCCUGACAUAUGAAGCUGUGCACCAAACUACACAAGUUGGCCUCGGGCAGUCACUCUGCAUUGGUAUUGGUGGUGAUCCAUUCAAUGGUACAAACUUCAUAGACUGUCUGGAGGUGUUCCUGCAGGAUCCCAAGACCGAGGGAAUCAUCCUCAUUGGAGAAAUUGGAGGCAGCGCAGAGGAGAAGGCAGCAGAGUACCUGAAAGAGCAAAACUCUGGUGCUGCAUCCAAGCCUGUGGUGUCCUUCAUUGCGGGGUUAACUGCUCCCCCUGGCCGUAGGAUGGGCCAUGCCGGUGCCAUCAUUGCUGGUGGAAAAGGUGGAGCCAAAGAGAAGAUUGCAGCCCUCCAGUCAGCCGGGGUUGUAGUCAGCAUGUCCCCAGCUCAGCUGGGCAGCACGAUGUUCAAGGAGUUUGAGAAGAGGAAGAUGUUGUAAAUUGUGCGAGAAGGCAACUGACCUUUUGCUCCCUUUCCCCAAAACAGACGAACAGCCUGAUGCUGGUGGUGGAUACGGCCCGCUGUGUCUGUAAACCUUUUUUUGUUGUUGUUUUUCUUUUCAUCUGACACACGCACAGACUCUGUUUAUGUGCAGUUUCUGCCAUAAGCUUGUAUCUUCGACAUUAAGAAAGAAAUAAACCAUAAUGUCUAAUGUGCACA